CGAAGCCCCGCCCUGCGUUCCAAGCGCUCCAUCAGCUGCGGGGAAAGAAACAUUCCGAGGGCUUUGGGUGCUCUGCUUUCUGGCUACGAAGGCUGGAUAACACAUACGCCCACCUCGGGACGAAGACAAGUUUACAUAUCCUGAAUGUUCACAUAAAGGCCAAUUCCACAGGGACAAGCGAUGUUAAGUCUAUCACGGUGGAAAGCCAUCCAGAGUAUCUUGUGGUGCCUUUUGAAAGACGGAACGAUUGAUUGUGGCUUUCAUGCGCCGGAGGCCCAGCGCGCUCACUUCAUGCAAUGCGUUAAGUGGUCAGUCCAGUAAGUGCGCAGGAAGCAGAGCAACAACGGACAAGAUACCUGGUCCCACCCCAUCAUGGCUCCCCUGUAGUGGCAAAAUGCUGAGGAGAAAGAUGGAUCCAGUUGCUCCCUGGUUGGUUUAAAGAACUGCUGUAGUUAUAACUAAGCAAGAAGCAAACUGGGAAAGGAAUGCAUAAGUAAACCAAAAUGGAGAGAGAAAAUGGCCCUGGUCUACAGCUCCAGCCGCUUGCAACGUUGUCUGUACCACGGCUAGCUCAUGAGGAUUCCUUCUCUUACAAGGAAAACCUGAUUGGUGCCCUGCUGGCUAUUUUUGGACACCUCGUUAUCAGCAUCGCACUCAACCUCCAGAAAUACAGCCAUAUCCGGCUGGUGGGUUGCAAAGACCACCGGGCCUACUUCAAGACCAAGACAUGGUGGUGUGGCCUGUUCCUGCUGUUCCUGGGGGAGCUGGGGGUCUUCUCUGCCUAUGCCUUUGCGCCCCUUUCCCUGAUUGUGCCACUUGGUGCCGUAUCUGUUAUAGCAAGUGCAAUCAUUGGAAUCAUAUUCAUUAAGGAAAAAUGGAAGCCGAAAGACUUCUUGAGGCGCUAUGUUUUGUCCUUCAUAGGCUGUGGCUUGGCUAUUGUUGGGACAUACCUGCUGAUAACCUUCGGGCCUAACAGUCAUGAGACCAUGACAGGAGAGAACAUCACUAAGCACUUGGUCAGCUGGCCGGUUCUCUUGUAUAUGCUGGUAGAGAUCAUCAUUUUCUGCCUGCUGUUGUAUUUCUACAAAGAGAGGAAAGCUAACUAUAUUGUGGUGAUUCUCCUGUUGGCAGCACUCCUGGGUUCUAUGACAGUCAUCACGGUGAAGGCAGUGGCAGGCAUGGUGGUGGUUUCGAUACGAGGGAACCUCCAGCUGGGCUACCCCAUUUUCUACAUCAUGGUGGUUUGCAUGGUGGCAACGGCAUCCUUUCAGGCAACGUUUUUAACACAAGCAACACAGCUGUACGAUGCAUCACAGAUUGCCAGCAUAGGAUACAUCUUGUCCACUGCAAUAGCAAUUACUGCAGGUGCAACCUUCUACAUGGACUUCAUUGGAGAAGACAUACUUCAUAUAUGCAUGUUUGCCUUGGGGUGCCUCAUUGCAUUUUUAGGCGUCUUCUUGAUCACUAGAAACAAGAGGAAAUCAAUCUUUUUCGAACCGUACAUCUCCAUGGAUGCUAUGCCAAGCAUGCAGAAUUUGCAUGACAACGGAACAGCAGUUCAGCCUGAGCUCAAAACGUCAUUUUCCUAUGGUGCCCUGGAGAACAACGACGCCAUCUCUGAGAUCUACGCACCUGCUACGUUGCCGAUAGUGCAGGAGGAACAUGGUUCGAGGGGGUCAUCUGUGCCUCCCUACCGGGUCAUGGAGCAUGACAAAAGGGAGUGAAAGCCCUUGUAAGGGACUGGCAUAAUGCCUCCAAAGUGUGGUCCUCUUAUUUAUUCAUCCCUUCUUCUUUUUAAGCACCGCUAAGUCAACAACAAAAAAAGUCAGUUUAUUUAUGGAUUAAGUGUGUAUGGAAUGACAACUUUAAAAACUGAACUGUACUUAAGGGUCCCCUACCCGUGUAAUAUGAAAGCUAAGUUGAUUGUUGCAGGACGCAAGCAGCUGCAUCGGCCUCGCUAAGCUAAACUGUAACAGGAUGUAUAGCUAUGUCAAAAGGAACUCAGGAUAUUCUGAUGGCUAUAAUAUUGCUGGUCAAACAGCAGGAACUAAAGGGUGAGUUUAGACUGUUUUCCUGAUAAAAUUCCCUUUAUGAUCACAUAACAUGACUCCGUAUGUGAGUUGUACGGGUCUCAAGCAGAGCUUUGGGUUUGUGCGCCUUCCCCACCACAUAUGGAUGGUUGUAUCCAGCUUAAGUUUUACUCAGCAUGGACUCAUUGAACUUAAUAGACCAAAGUUGUCCAUUUAUUUCAGUUCCUCCGCUCUGAGUAUCACUAGCAUUGGAUACAACCCAGAAUAUUUUUAAUAUGAACCAAAGCUUACACAUGUCAAUUCCUGUUUUAAUUAGACCUGCUCAUGCUACCUGCCUGCUGCCUUGUACCUUAAGGAGAAAACUAGCCAAACAUUUGACAAUGUCAGAUAAGAUUGAGAGUCCCAAAAACAACGGCCCACAAACACACAGCAUGCAACUGGCUUUCUGCUAUUUAUCUUGCAGGACAGCAAUUUAGACCUUCCCUACAAAUGUAUAAUUUCAGUUGUGUCGAUUCAUAUUGUGGGUCAGAGAUUGCAUUUUGAUUGCUCCCCUUGUGUGGGGGUAAGGGCUCAUUCCUGCCAAUAGAAAAGUUAGCUCAACGGGGAGUGGGCUGGGAUGGAAAGUUGCUCAUUGUGUUGCUAUUGUGUACAUGGUUUGUUUGCUUUUUUAUUAUUUGCAGAAAGUAUUUACAUGGGGCUUCAUUCCAAAAUGGCAGAAAUAAAAUCUAAGUACUAACUCCCCUCCUUUCCCCCCCCUCCCCUGUCCAAGUUACAGGUUGCUGUUGCUUUCUGGACCCUUCAUACAUCAGAGCUCCAUGGCCCUUAUCAUGAAAAAGUUAUUUGCACUUGGACCUGUGGUAAUGAAUAGGCCUGUGGUAAUGAAUGGGCUAAGUUAAUUGCCACCUUAAAGAGUUAUGAAAAUGGAUUUGUGUGUGAGUGCGUAUAUGAAGCACUUUAAAUAAAUUUGCAGAAACUCCAGGACCACACACUAACUUGGCAGUAGUUAAUUCUAGAUCCAGGAAUGGAGAACCUGUGGUCCUCCAGAUGUUGAUGGACUUGAACAUCAGCCUCAACCAGUGUGACCAGGGAUGGUGUGAGUUUUAGACCAGCAACAUCUGGAGGACCACAGGUUCUUGUCUGCUGUUCUAAAUCAAGAUGAGGCCUUAUUAGUGAUCCUUUUUGUUCCCUCCAUCUUUUCCUGCACAUUUAUUCAUGAUAACUCCCCACCCCAUUGUUCAUCACCUGAGUUGGGAUAUAGUAUACAACUUCCACCAAUUUUAGCUUUGGAGGAGAUGUAUGCUGUGAAUCACUGACUGAGUCAGUGACUGAGGUUGACUGUUUCUGUUGCUCAUACCAUAAUGCUGCCUUUUAGGUUGUUGUCUGUCAACUCUGGGUCUUUUUGUGAUAGGAAUGCAUCCAGAGGAGUAAACCAGAAUGUCUUAGAUGUAGGUCUGGAACCAGAAACCAGUUGGACACUUGUUUCAGCAUUCAAGCAACUUCAGCAAUGCUGGUUGUUUUUACCUCUCUCUGCCUUUUAGGCUGUUUUAAUAUAUUCACUUUUAAAAAUAUGUGAUCUGCAUGAAAACAAACCCGUCACGUAAAAAGUGGUUGGUGCUAACCAUGGGGUGUUUAAUCUUUGCACACUUGCUUUAAACUUUUCAGUUAAGUCUGGAGGUGGGGAAUCAGCUUUUUAUCUGCAGCAUGCUUUGCGUUUUCCAUGAUGCACUGUACACUUCAGGCGGAAUGGCAUUAUUAUUAGACUAAUAAUUCAGGGACGUAAAUCUUAUUGAGUAAUUGGUGAAUGUUGACCUGGAACCACCAUCUUGGGGGAAACCCCAUAAUGUCUGCUUCAUUCAUUUAUCUACUAUGCAAAAUGUUUUGCUCAUUAAACGAGCUACGUAGCAGAGGAGGUGAGGUAGUGUAGGGGACGAAUGGGCCUUUUAAUUUCCUUUUUGCCUUUCCAUUAUAAAUGAAAGAGGUUGUUUUCCAAUUGUACAAGCAUGCUGGAGACCUCUGUGUGAUUUAACCACAAAAUGACAUCUGUGUUCUCAAAACUGCCUGUUCCAACCACAGGGUACUGAACCUCUGUUAUUUAUUGUUUGGGUUCAAGCCCCAAGCAGAAGAAUAUGACCCUCUCUGUUGGCUGGCUACACUUGAUGCUUUUUAAUGGUUUCUUAAGUGUUAAUUUAUUGAAUAGGAACUAUUUACUUUUUUUUUUUUUUUAGCUCUGGGAAGAGAGAGUGCCUUUUUAGAACAGGAAAACCUCUAAGCCAAAAAUAGACAUGACAGACACACACACACACACACACACACACAUCCCGACACACAUGUACUUAAAAGCAACUGUGGGGGCCUUCACUUUUAUUUAAAGCAGUGGCCAAUCAAGGAUAAAAGUGUGUUUAACCCUUUCAAUCCUGCACUAUUGCCUGCAUCUCCCCGCCUCCCCAAGCAACCACUAAUAGGAACUGUAGGAUAGGAUUUUGAAUAAAGACAACACUGCAGGGUGAAAAGGUUAGUGCACCUCUCUCCCUCGGUGCUGCUGUUCUGAUCAAAAGGGUUUUUUUUUUAUAUUGUUGUGGAAAAAUAGCCACAUGUUGUAUUUGAAUCAGGACACAGCCUGGGGCUCCUUUAUUUCAAGCAUGCAAGGAGAAGCAGCCUGACACCAGAGUGUUACAAGCUGCUCUGCCCCAAGCAGAGAAUCUCAAGCUUAUAUAGAAAAAAACAGACUAGCAUGCUUCUUUAUCUCAUAGUACAAUGUGUUUUCAAAACAAGCCCAAAACAUAUUCAUCAACAUAAGCAAUACCCUUUUGGUUAUAGAACAGCCUGCAUGUUCUCAGAACCUCAUUUUCUUUGCCAGCCCUCUCAUCCUGUCACAUAAACAGGUGUCUUGACCGAUGUUUAGGCCUGGCCAUCAUGCACACCCAUCACUAUGCUGAAGUCUGCUUCUGGCCUGUUUGGGGGAAGGAGCAGCAUCUCACUAGACCAGGUAUAGGUAACCUGGCCCUCCAGAUGUCGCUAAACUACAGAUCCCAUCAGCCCCAGCCUUCAUGGCCAAUGGGCAGGGAUGAUUAUGCACUAGACCAUAAUUCUUUUUCAUUUCCAAGUUAGGACAGUUCCCUGAAACAAAAGUUCCUUUCAAACACAUCACUGGCAGCAGGGUGAAAUAGUCAUCUUAGAGGCUUGGGUCUUGGCAGGUUGACUUCACCUCCACUCUCUUCUGCUUAGUAAAUGUUGCUUUCCACACAAAGAGAUACCUCUUGUCUUUUGUCGUGGAGGCUUUUCAACCCGGGUGUGGCUUUUUCAGUGCACGUGGGGAAGCAUCAUAUAGUUCAAUGGUAGAGCAUCUGUUUUGCAUGCCUCACCAGGUAGGACUACGAGAGACUUCUGUCUGAAAUCCUGCCAGUCAGUGUUGGCAAUACUGAGCUAGAUGGGCUAAUGGUCUGACUCAGUCUAAGGUGGCUCCCUAUAUGCCAAUGUAGGAUGCUUCAUUGCUGUAAUGCUGAAAAUACUAAGGCGUCUUGUGUAGUGUCACUGGAAACCAACCAAUUCCAUGGGUAGAAUAUCCAUGGUCAGCAGAACACUGUAUCCGUAAAAGAAGAUAGAUAACUUCAGCUUCUUGAGGCAAGAGGGUGACAUUAUUUGAAGGGCCUCUUUUGGUGCUUUGGAUUUCUCCAUGGUUCCAAGUUCUCAAACACAGGAGUCAGGUAGUAUUUAAACCCCUAUCUAUGCUGGACAGCACUUUGGUCUGGUCAGCAUUAGAGGUCCGGAUGGUUUCCCUUGUAUUCUGUCCCCCAUGCCCCUGCCCCGUUUGUCUAAAUGAGCAGAAGAAAGAGAAGCCCAUCACACAUAGCCAGACCUCUCCUUGGGCACAGCUCCAAUAUCCCCACUAGAGAACAGUGGCUGACUGUCAAAUCCAUCAAUGGUGUCUACUCUUGAUUAGGCAAGGAGCUUCUAUUAGCUUGGAUUGUUUAGGAAUAUCUAAGCUAGGCUUGCUGGCUGGGUCUUAUAGGAGUUGCAAUCUAAAACAUCUGGAGGUCACCAGGUUGGGUAAGGUUGAUCUACAUCAGAUUUUAUUUUCAGGAUUGUGGCUUCACUGUAUAGCUCUUUUAUCAUUCUUAAUUCUACACCAUCAAAUAUGAUGUUGGCUGGAUGUACUGUCAAUGUUUUCACAAUAGUGCUGUGUAAAUAAACUGAGCUUUAUGGUACACCGAAAGUAA